GUGAGGGCAGAUUGCACGGAGCUCCGCUCACCAUGUCCCGUUGCAGUGUCUGGCUCGGCGUCCUGCUGGUUGAACUUUUUGCACGGGGCUCCUUCUUUGUCGAAACUAUCUCGGACCCGAAAGCAGCCGAACCGACCGGGAACCAGAGCCAUCGCUGGAUCUCAGUCACCUCCAACCAGCCGGAGAGCAAAGCAAUUCAGCCGGAGCAGGAGGGGAAUCAGAGUGUCAACACAGAAAGGCUCAAGGUCUUCUCCCUGGACUAUCAUCACGUCCAGGUCCCCUUUGAAAUAACGCUAUGGAUCAUGCUAGCAUCGCUGGCCAAGAUAGGAUUUCAUCUUUACAUCAAGCUACCCUCGAUCGUACCCGAAAGCUGCCUGCUUAUAAUUGUGGGCCUGAUAAUGGGAGGAAUAAUCUACGGAGUGAAUGAGAGAUCCGCACCAGUUAUGAGCACCGAUAUCUUUUUCCUCUACUUGCUGCCACCAAUUGUGCUGGAUGCAGGCUACUUCAUGCCAAGUCGGCCCUUCUUUGAGAACAUUGGGACGAUCCUUUGGUACGCGGUUGUGGGAACCAUGUGGAACGUUUUCGGAAUUGGCUUGUCCCUGUACGGAAUUUGCCAGAUUGAAUCCUUUGGCCUAAAGGACAUUUCCCUCCUCUACAACUUACUGUUUGGAAGCUUGAUUGCUGCUGUGGAUCCAGUGGCGGUUCUGUCAGUGUUUGAGGAGAUUCACGUGAACGAGCAACUGCACAUUCUGGUUUUUGGCGAAUCGCUUCUCAAUGAUGCCAUCACUGUGGUUUUAUACAAACUGUUUAAGACUUUUUGUACCAUGUCCUCCGUUGGAGUGUCAGAUAUUUUAGUGGGAAUUUUUAAGUUCUUUCUGGUUGGAUUCGGAGGUUUGCUGGUGGGCAUUACUUAUGGAAUCAUUGCAGCUCUCACUACUCGCUUCACGGAGAAUAUCCGGGUGAUCGAACCUCUCUUCGUAUUCCUGUACAGCUAUUUGUCAUAUCUGACUGCUGAAAUGUUCCAGUUCUCUGGCAUUGUGGCAAUUAUUGCCUGUUCCAUGAGUAUGAAACGUUAUGUGGAGGCUAAUAUCUCUCAGAAGUCUCACACUACAAUCAAAUACUUCAUGAAGAUGUGGAGCAGUGUGAGUGAGACCCUCAUCUUUAUUUUCCUCGGUGUUUCCACUAUUGGGGACAAGCACGAAUGGAGUUGGCCCUAUGUAUGUUUCACAAUGAUAUUUUGCCUUGUCUGGAGAGCAGUUGGUGUCAUUUGCCUGACGUUUAUUGUGAAUAAGUUCCGUGUGAAUGUUGUGACGAGAAAGGAUCAGUUCAUCAUAGCUUAUGGUGGAUUGCGAGGGGCAAUCUGUUUCUCCCUUGUUUUCUUACUUCCAGAUUUCCCUCAGAAGAAACUGUUUACCACAGCUACUAUAGUGGUCAUCUUUUUUACAGUCUUUGUUCAGGGAAUGACAAUUAAACCACUUGUAGAGUUAUUGGAAGUGAAACGAACAAGUCAAGCACCUCCGACUGUAAGUGAACAGAUUCAUAUUCGGUUCUUGGAUCAUUUGUUGGCUGGAAUUGAAGACAUCUGUGGACAUUGGGGCCAAUAUUAUUGGAAAGACAGGUUUGAGAACUUCAACAAUAAAUAUCUCAACAAGGUUUUCAUCAGAGAGCAACAUUUGUCCAAAUCCAGCAUUGUUGUUUUAUACCAGAAACUGGAGAAGAAGCAUGCCAUUGAACUGGCAGAGGCAGGCCAGCUGGUUGGAGCACCAUCUCUCGCCUCUCUACAUGAUCAACAAAACGCUGAAGUUUCCAAAAGUCCAGUUCCUUCAGAACAGCUCGAUAACAUCCAGGAGCUCUUGAUUAGAAACCUUUAUCGAAUAAGGCAAACGACGCAGUCUUACAACAGACACACCUUGCCGCAAGGAAAAAAUUCAAAUCAAGCGAAAGAAAUUUUUCUGCGUCGCCAGGAAAGUCUGCUGAAAGAUGACAGUGUAAUGAAUUUAAUACAGAGGAGAUCCGUUUGUGUUGCUGGUCAGUCACAGAAGAAAGGCAAACUAGCUCGAUCUCUUACAGUUGGAGGAUAUGGAGGCGCCAAAAACAAUGCAGAAAACCAAUCUCCAAAGCUGCCCAAGUCCAUGUCUGUCACUCCUCAGCAACCUCACAGGACAGAAUGGAUUAAUGAAGAAGAGCCAGAAGACUUACAGAGUUCGAAUGAAACAGAUAUAAAUCAAAAGGGAGAGGAUGAAAUUAAAAAUAACACCGAAAACAAAAGACCUAUGAACAAAUUAAAGCUAAGGUUCGCUUCUCAGGAUACAAUCGAAAAUGGAUUAUAACAGGCAGUGGGUGUGAGAAAGUCGAAUGCACCUCCAUUAAUUCUUUGAAGCAAUUUGUCACAGAUCCAAUGUAGAAUAUCCAGAACAAAAAGAAAAAUUGAAAAUUGUUGUGACAGACGAUGUGAAAUAUUCAGCACUCAACAGUCAUCUUAACACUGAAGCCACGCUCUAUAUGAGAUUUUCAGGUACCAUAUUGAUUAUUAGAACAUUGGAGCAGGAAUAGGCCAUUCAAACAUGGCUGCCAUUCAAUUUGAUAAUAGCUAAAUGAACUUCAACAACACUUUCCCUUGAUAUCCCCAUAUACACUGAUGUCACUAUCAUGCUCAUUGAUUAAGUUUCUACGACCUCUAGGGGCUGUAAUUCCAAAGAUUUACCAGCCUCUGUGAAGAAAUUCCUCCUCAUCUCUGUCUUAAAUGACCUAAUCCUUAUUCUGAGACUGUGCUCCUUGUUUAUAGGCUCACCGGCCAGGGGAAACACCCCAUAUCUACAUCCACUCUGUCACACCCUGUAAGAACUGCGAAAAUAUCAAUUAGAUCAGCUCUCACUCAUCAAAACUCUGGAGAAUACAGAUUCAAGUUUACUCAAUCUCUACACAUACAACAAGUUCCACCAUCUCCAAGAUCAAAUCCCACUUUAAACAGUUGAAGGACGGUUGACACCUGGCAGGCCAGCAGAAUCCAACCUGCAGGAAUAGGGCCUUUUGACAGUGCAAUAGGCUCAUUUUGUCGUACAACCUUGGGAAUGCAUUUCUCUUCAUUUUUGUAAUAUAGCGUUAUUUCAAUGAUCAAACAAACUUCUUGUACACAAUUAUGUCAAAUAUCACUUUCAAAAUACUAGGUCAAAAGACUGUUUUCUAGGAAUGGCUGUUGGUGACAGGAAAGCUGCGCAACAUUAAUGCCUCAGAGAUAGUAGGAACUGCAGAUGCUGGAGAAUCUGAGAUAACAAGGUGUAGAGCUGGAUGAUCACAGCAGGCCAAGCAGCAUUAGAGGAGCAGGAAAGCUGACGUUUUGGGCCUAGACCCCUCUUCAGAAAAAAAAUUAAUGCCUGCUUUUUUUUUUCCCGGCGCUGUUCACACAUUUACGAAAUACGGAGUAACUGUAUUAAAAUCGGUACCAAUGUCUCUUUGGACUUUGUAAGCUCCUGUAUGUAGUUUAAAGUCAUCAUUAUAGUACAAAGCAAAUUCUCUUGCAGUGGUCAUCAGGGCAGAUAUUGCAUCCAAACACCAUGUACAGUUACUAUCGAAAAUAUACUGUAUAAUUAGCCAUCAUUAGCUCACCUGACACUGCUUGAAACCCUGUAGGCAUUUAAGGGAAUUGCGUAAAUAGUGCUGAAAAUAUCUUUACUCAUCCAGAUGCGUAAGAGGCUAUUGAGUAAUAAUCACAUAUAAUAAGCGGAUUAUUAAUUUCCUAAAGUGAAGUGAUUAUAUUUCAAUCUGUCUGAAAAGCUACAAUAUUAUAAGCAUGAGACAUUAAGCACUUUAAUAAUGUCAUGAGCACCGUGGGACUGAAAAACCCUGGGAGUUUCUAAAUUACUCCCAGACAUCUAUUAUAUCCACAUCUCACAUUUGUGUUGCUGUUCUCUGUCUACUAAGCACUGCUUCUCCACUUCAGAGACGUCUUCUGUCAUCAAGGAUUCACAUGUUGAAAGAAGUGUCGGAGAGAGAUAAGUACAUUCAAUUUGGAAAUAAGCAGUGCUAUUUGAUGGGCACCACAACAUCAGAAGAUUUUAUAUCAUCUCAUGUACAAUGUGUUACAAAGUAACUGUAUGUAUUAUAUAUAAUGUAUCAAGUGUUAUACUGUAUCUGCUCUGUACAUAUAGCUGAUGCACCAUGUAAUUGUAUGUAUUGUACAUAUACCCAAUAAUUGGCUGCAAUUCCAUUUUGUUGUUAUGGAAAAUAAAAAUUCGAAUCAACCAGCAUUGUGAUUUAGCAAUGAAA